CCUGCAGCAGUACCAGUGACGACAGAAGGGACACCGAGCAGUUCGUCUCAGUCCUCGGAGAACCGCGCUGAGAUGAGGACCAAGGAGGUGAUGUUCGCGUCCCUGGCGCUCCAGGCCUUCUUCAUCCUGUCCUCUGAGGCCUUUGAUUCCAUUGACAAGCUCCAGCUGAUGGAGGCGAAGAUGAACAGCAACGGCCCUCUGUGCAACGUGCCUCUGUCAUCGCAGGCCUUCGACGAGCUGAAUAACGGGCCCUUCCCGGGAGACAAGGAAGGAGACUUGUUUUGCGAAGUCCCUUUCAAGGAAUGGUAUUGCUAUGGACUCUGCGACUGCAUCCACCGCUUCUGCGACAACGAGGGCCGGGGCCGACCGCGGUGUGACUGGUGCGCGAAAAACUGCUAUAAUGGAGUCGAACCCACAGAUCCUGAUUACGAUUACUAAGACAGCGCGAAAGAGAACGACGGAGACAGGAUAAAAUGAGAUGAGAAUAAGGGAGACAGAAAGAGUGAAAUGAGAAGAAUGGUUAUGGUUAAAUAGAUCAAGAUGAACCGAUUCACGUUAAUUUUGACGAAUUCGAAUAAAGAUGCUUGUUGAAAUUGGUCAAAAUACGUAUAAGCAAAGGGUUGAUAAAAGGAUAAUGACAUAACUUACAUAUAAGGAAAAUCCAAUCUGUAAAUCAUAUAUAGUGUGUAACAGGAAAUAAAACACAUUUAUCCUUCAAUAUUGCACAUCACUUCUUAACCAUUUUGUAAGUGAUCCAAAAUUCGAUUUUUAUUUAUGCAUAUCUUCUCAAAAUCAUAGAGAACAUUUACUGAUUAUCUAGUACUACUGAAUAAAGGAAAGUGAACAGAAAUUA